AUGGCUAAAGGUGAAAGAGGUAUGGAUGAUCCUCGUUUUAGCAAGGUUUUUUCAGACCCCCGGUUUAGGACCGUAAAGAAGAAGGAUUUGAAGGUCACCCUAGACGACAGAUUCAACAAGAAAGAUUUAAAGAAAGAAUUUUCCUUACUCAAGUCUACUGCAAAGGUUGAUAAGUACGGUAGAAAAAUUAGUAAAGAUGAUGGCUCUAGUGUAAUCGAUAACCUUGACAAAUAUUAUACGGAUAAGCACGAAGAAGAAGAAGAAGAAGAAGAAAAUGAUUAUGCCAAAGCUGAUGACUAUGGCAAUGAUGAUGACGCAUCUUCCUCGUUAUCUGACAGUGAAGAUGUAAAGGCUGAUCCAUUGGCAAAAGCAAGAGGCCUGUUGGAAGAUGCCACAUCUGCAUCUGACCUUGAUUCGUCAGACGAGGAAGUGUCGGAGCUCGAGGAAAUUCCCAGCUCCGAUGUAGAAGAAACUGAAAAUAUACCUGAACAGGACCCUACCACCAGAAUUGCAGCCGUCAACUUGGAUUGGGAUCACUUGAACUCAACAGAUUUAUUUGCUACUUUUUCUUCCUUCUUACCACAAGAUGGCCACAUAAAAAGUGUGACCAUUUACAAGAGUGAAUACGGUAAGCAAAGGAUAGCUGAUGAAGAAUUGAACGGUCCUCCAAGAGAAAUUUUUAGGAAAAAUUUAGGUAACAAAAGCGGUGAUGAUGAUGAUGAUGAUGACGACGACGAUGAAGAUCUUGAUUUAGCAAAGGCAAGUAAGAAGUUGGUUCAAGAAAACAACGGAGAAGAUGAAGGCUUUGACUCUUCAGAAUUGAGGAAGUAUCAACUACAGAGAUUAAGAUAUUACUAUGCAAUCAUCGAAUUCAAUAACUUGAACAGUGCCGAGGAAGUAUAUAAAAAGUGCGAUAACACUGAGUAUGAAAGCAGUGGUAAUUUCUUUGAUUUGAGAUACGUUCCAACUGAUAUGGAGUUUGAUGAGGCAGAUAUCAGAGAUGUAUGUGAGAAACUACCAUCAAACUAUCAACCAAUUGAAUUUUCGACAGACUCUUUGAGAAAUAGUAAACCUAAACUCACAUGGGAUGAAACACCAAUCGAAAGAGUUCAGAUAUUGAGUAAGUCGUUCAAGAAAGGUGAACUUGACGAUCUAGACUUGAAAAAUUACUUAGCAAGUGACAGUGAUGAAGAGGUUCAAGAUGAAAGCAUCUCAAAAUAUAAACAGCUAGUAGGUGGUGCCGGGCUAAACAGUGUUGGAAAGGCAGGCGAAGAAGAUAGCGACAGUGACGUUGAUAUGGAAUUUACCUUUACACCGGGAAAGUCGAGCACAGAGGAUUCAACUGAGAAGGAGAGUUUGAAGGAGGGAAAGAGCACAAUUGAGAAGUUGAGAGAAAAAGAAAAAGAGCGUAGAAAAGCCAGGAAGCAACAGGUCAAAGAGCUAAAGAGAGAAGCACAAUCGAGUAAAAAUAAAGGUAAGAAGAAUAGACCAGACACUGAAGAAGAUAAGGAGGAUGACCUUAAGAUUGAGCAAAUCGGUACUGAAGGCAAAGAACUGCAUCAUUUCAACAUCAAAGACAUUGAGAAACUCGAAAAGUUGAAAGGGAAAAAGAAUAAGUUUAAGAAUAAGCGUCAACGUGAGCUCGAAAAGGAACUUGAGUCUCGCUUGGAAGACUCUAACCAGGGCAGCUUGGAAGUCGAUGACCGUUUUGCUGAGAUGAUUGAUUCUCACGCCUUUGUGGGUGGUAGCAAGUUGCUUCAGCAGGAAAGAAAGAAACGGAAGAAAAUGAACAAAGUUAUAAAAAAAUAA